GUUCUCUCCCUGUAGGCUACUGGUACCCAGAUUUCCACUACUUGUGAAUAUUAUUCUUUCCUUCUUGAUCGUCUACUUCUUGGCAGUUAUGACCACUGUCCACUCCUCUGGCCUUUUUCUGACAUCUGUGCUUGAUCUGUGUGUGCAGUCAUGACCUGAUGCUUGGCCCCAGAAGAGCUCCUUUCUGGUUUUUCAUUCUCUUGUUUGUUGUCUGUGGCACAAUUGUUUUAAAUACCAUGUAUGCAUUGAUGCCUUGUAAGAGUAGACAGCCGGUGCUGUAUUCUUCGAAUCUCAAACUUGAUGUCUACCGGCUUUCUAUUGCUUGUCUAAGAAGUCUCAAGCUCGAUACGUUCAAAGCAGAACAGUCCAAGCCUCUUGAUUGCAACUUAUUUCCAGUCUAGGCCUCUUCUUUCUGGCCGCUUCCUUCCCAAUAUGUACAACUGCUACCCACCAGUUGCUCAGACCUCAAACCUGUCAUCCUUGACCCUUCCUCUUCUCUUACUUCUCAGCACGUAAUGCCCAUCUGCAGGUGUGUCUCUACUUCUGCAGGAAGCACAUCUCCUCUAGAGUUUCCCUAACCACCACAGUAACCUUUAAAGAGUCGCUCUGCUUCCUCUGCCCCCUGCAGUCUGCCCUGUCCCCAUUCACUUCCACAUUGAUAGGUGUUGACGGACUGAGGACAAGAGAGCUGUGCUGGGUACAGAGGAAGCCACACAUCUGGGGCAUCUUCAGUCUGUAAGCCUGUCUUAGCUCUCCGUUGUGGAGAAAGAACACCAUGAGCAAAAGAAGCGCUGGGAGGAAUGGUUUCUUUCAGUUUCCAACUCUCGGGCCACACUCCACUGCUGAGGGAAGUGAGGACAGGAGCUCAAACAAACCAGGAAGCUGGAGGCAGGAGCUGAUGCAGUGACUAUGGAGGGUCCUGCUACCAGUUUGAUCGUCAUGACUGCUCAGCCUGCUUUCUUAAGAGAACCCAGGUCCGCCAGCCCAGGGCUGACUCCACCCACAAGUGAGCUUAACAGUUCUCCCACAUUAAUCACCAAUCAACACAAUGCACCACAGGCUUGCUAUAGUAGGGGCAUUGUAUUAAUUGAGAUUUCUCUCUUCUAAAAUGACUCUCCCCUAUAUCAUGUUUAUAUAAAACUAGACAGUACAAAGCCCCUCAGGGCCUGGAAUUUCUUAAAGGAACUUAGCCCAAUGGGGCAUGGUGACUCAUAUCUGUAAUCCCAUACCUGAGAGACUGGGACAGGAGGACUGGCAUGAAUUGUCACCAGCCUGGGCCACAAGGGUCUCCAGGAUGAAUGCCAGUACCUCCUUCAGCCACAGCUGAUUGUUCGACGACUGCUGGAUGUGGCUGUCUUGGUUCCUGGCCGUCCCUCAGAGCAAACCCUCUCCUCUCAUAAUCGUUCAGCCUUGUACAAGGUCUUUGUACCCAGCUUCACUUACAGGGUUUCAGCCCAGCUGGUGUGUGUAGGGGGGCGAGGGGCGUCUGUCUGUCCCCUGACACUGCGCCUACGUCCCAAGGCCCCACCCCUACACAACUCAAGCUCUGUGACCUGUGGAGGGGCCUCCGUAUGCCAGCUGGAGCUGGCCCUGCCCCCCUGGGGCCACUGGGUCUAUGUACGCGUGGAGACACCAUCCCGUGGUCCUGGCAGGACUGUCCGCUUCCAGCUGUGUGUGCGCUUACAAGAGUGUCCACAACCCAGCCUGUCCCGUGCCUUGGUCCCUGGGGCUGCCAUGAACAUGCCCCAGUCACUGGGCACCCAGCCACUGUCCCUGGAGCCACCGUCCCUGGGGACGCCUAUAGAAGGGUCUGGAGCCAUGGCACCACCUGAGCACUGCUGGCCAGUGCGUCCGACUCUGCGCAAUGAGCUGGACACCUUCUCUGUCCACUUCUACAUCUUUUUCGGUCCCAGUGUGGCUCUUCCACCGGAGCGCCCAGCCGUGUUUGCCCUGAGGCUGUUGCCAGUUCUAGACAGUGGGGGCGUCCUUAGUCUGGAGCUCCAGCUCAAUGCGAGCUCUCUGCGCCAGGAAAAUGUAACAGUAUUCGGAUGCCUGACUCAUGAGGUGCCCUUGAGCCUGGGGGAUGCCGCUGUGACCUGUUCCAAAGAGUCCCUGGCAGGUUUCCUUCUCUCGGUCAGUGUCACCUCCAGAGUGGCCAGACUGCGAAUCCCAUUCCCACAGACGGGGACCUGGUUCCUGACCCUCCGUUCUCUGUGUGGGGUGGGACCUCGGUUCGUGCGGUGCCGCAACGCAACGGCUGAAGUGCGCCUGCGCACCUUCUUGUCCCCGUGUGUGGAUGACUGUGGGCCCUAUGGCCAGUGCAAGCUGUUGCGCACCCACAACUACCUGUACGCCGCCUGCGAGUGCAAGGCUGGGUGGCGGGGCUGGGGUUGCACAGACAGUGCCGACGCGCUCACCUAUGGGUUCCAGCUGCUGUCCACACUCCUCCUCUGCCUGAGCAACCUCAUGUUUUUGCCACCCGUGGUCCUGGCCAUUCGGAGCCGAUAUGUGCUGGAAGCUGCUGUCUAUACCUUCACCAUGUUCUUCUCCACGUUCUACCACGCCUGUGACCAGCCAGGCAUUGUGGUCUUCUGUAUCAUGGACUACGAUGUGCUUCAGUUCUGUGACUUCCUGGGCUCCCUAAUGUCCGUGUGGGUCACUGUCAUUGCCAUGGCUCGUCUGCAGCCUGUGAUCAAGCAGGUGCUGUAUUUGCUCGGGGCUAUGUUGCUGUCCAUGGCUCUGCAGCUUGACCGCCAUGGACUUUGGAACCUGCUUGGACCCAGUCUCUUCGCCCUCGGGAUCUUGGCCACAGCUUGGACAGUUCGCAGCGUCCGGCGCCGGCACUGUUACCCGCCGACAUGGCGCCGCUGGCUCUUCUACCUGUGCCCAGGCAGCCUGAUUGCCGGCAGUGCCGUCCUGCUGUACGCCUUCGUGGAGACUCGGGACAACUACUUCUACAUUCACAGCAUCUGGCACAUGCUCAUUGCUGGCAGUGUGGGCUUCCUGUUGCCUCCUCGUGCCAAGACUGACCACCGGGUCCCUUCCGGAGCCCGGGCCAGGGGCUGUGGUUACCAGCUGUGCAUCAAUGAACAGGAGGAGCUGGGCCUUGUGGGCCCAGGAGGGGCCACUGUCAGCAGCAUCUGUGCCAGCUGAGGGGGCUUUGGGCCAAGCUCUGAGGGGUAUGAACCUGCCUAGGGUUCCUCCGGGGGCUCCGGAACCCACCUAGGUACAAGGGACAAGCUGUGUUUCUUAACAACACACAGUCUUUCUCAAGGAUGACUGUUUUCAGGGAUCAGGAGGCUUUUCUAAGAUAUGGAGAACUCCUUAAGAGCCCAGAGUCCUCCUGUGUUUAUGGAGUCUUAAGGAUGAGCUAUGCAGGACACUGGGCCCUUGAGGACCAGGGAGUCCCUAGGGGUGUGGAGCCCUCCCCAGGCAUAGGGAGCCUUCCUACAGACGAGAGAACUUCCCAAGGAGACAAACUUUCAUCCACAAUGUGUCAUCAGUACACGGGGAAGCAGGAGUCCAUCCUGGAGGAAAGUCACCAGAUUUUCCCAGUGGCUCACAGGAUUGGCCUUGGGCUGCUGGGCUGGGCUCUAAGAGAGAUGGGGCUGGCACUGCCAGGCAGCUGGUGCCCGAUGUGGUACAGGUGGAGUCUGGGACGUCUCCAAUGAAGUCUGUGCUGAGUCUGUGCUGCCGUUUUUUCCCUUGUGGGGUCAGGGUGUGGGGAAGUGGGGAAGGGGGACACUGAGGAAAUCCUGAGAAUGACAGGGACCUUCCUGGAGAAGCUGCUGGAGCCACUCACUGCCAGUGGCUUCCGCCCUGUGGCUUGUACACUGGCUUCCCUCUCAUGUGUCCCUCCCUGACGCCCGUUUCCCAAUUGCUAUGGAUCCUAGUCUGGAGUCAUGAAGAGGGUGUGUGUAUCCGUGUGUGUGAGCGUGCUGGCUGUGUAUACACAGAGAUGAAUUAGUGAGACAGACUUCCCCAUGCCGCCUACACACACACAGGGAAGCUAAGGUUCCAGGGAAUUAGAGUAACAGGUACGAAUUUUAGAUGUAGAAGGCAUCACAAGAAUGGAACUACUAUUUUAAGCUUCCAUUUUUUUCUUGCAUGCCAGAAAUAAUCUUGUAUAAAUUGAGAUUUCAUUUCUUUGUGUGUGUGUGUGUGUGUGUGUGUGUGUGUGUGUGUGUGUGUGAGAGAGAGAGAGAGAGAGAGAGAGAGAGAGAGAGAGAGAGAGAGAGAGAAUCUCUAUGUAUAUAGUUUGUUUUGGCUUAAAUCUCGUGAUCCUCUGGGUCCUGGAAUCACAGACAUGGACACCAUACCUGGCAGCUGGACUUGUUCUUUUCUCAUGGGUUCAUAGCUGAGUUUUGAGGAUGUUGUCUUACGCUGAGAUACUAGAACAUUCUUUCUGGUCCCCAGUAUCCAUACUUUACCCACUUCCGAGAGUUCAGUCCACUCACCUGGUUCCCAGUCAGCAGUCAGACAGGCUACUAAACGCUGAGAAAUUUCUUGUUCUGUCUGCAUAGCCCCGAGUUCCUGUACCCCAGUUCUGUGCCACAUGAGAAGUUCUUGAUUGGCUACUCAGACACAGCGUGACGUCGGUUCUCCUCCGGGGUCCUGUUCUGGGGUUUACUUGAUAAGGCAAAUGAUGGGUGGUUUUCUCUUUUGAGCUCCGUAGAUGGAGCCAGGGGCUCUGCUCCUGUCUCUCUAGGCAACCUGGGACAGUGCUCACACUUCUUCCCUCCCCUCACCCCUCCCACUUGUCAGUCUGGAGCAGGAGCCAGUUUCACAUUUCUACCAAAUCUUCUCUCUGUGCCUUAAGUCCUUCCUAUUCUCUUCACAGCCCAGGCCUUUGAAGCUCAAAGCCUAGACAAUACCACUUUAUUCUUUAUUCUCUGUAAUAAAAUCUCUUCCCUGAGGCACCGAGUACAGAAUAAAGUAGCUGGCUGAGUGGCUAGGAGUGCUGGUGUGUGGCCGGGUGUCCGUUCCUGGAUUAAAAGUGCUAUUCUUGGGCCAGGUAUGGUGGUGCAUGCCUUCAACCCCAGCAUUCUGGGGGCAGGAGCUGUGAGGUAGCGUGAGUGAGAGCCAGCCGAGGUUACAUAGAUCCUCUCUUAAAGAAAAGUAAAAUAAAAUGGCUGGACAAAUGGCUCAGCAGUUGAGCAUGCAUUGCUGUUCCAGAGGACCUGAGUUCAAAUCCCUGUACCCACAGCUCGAGGGGACACACACUCUGGGCUCCAUGGGCACUCUCCACACAAGUGACAUACACUCACAUGGACACAAACACACAUACACAUGGUUAAAAAUAAUAAAUUUUUUAAAAAAGAAAAAA